GCAAAGAUGAGGAGAUAAUGCUGACAUUAGGGAAAGGGCGCAUUUUCAUUGGUUCCUGAGUUUACGGAUUUGAUCGCUCGGCGGACUGAGUUUAAAAGCAAACAUUGGUAUAAUUAUUGCUGCAAAAAUAAAUAGUAAACAAGAGAGCUGCCACGGUGUGAGCACUGACGCUCCAAGCAGAAAUCAAUGACAGAAGAUUUUACAGUCAAAACUGCAAGAUCUGCUCAACUAAGUUCUGUGCUCUCCACAUCUGAAUUCCUUGCGGGCUUGUUGCAAUCUUUGCCAUUCUGCAUUAGAAACCACUGCCCAAAAUGGAGAGAAUUAAUUCUGAUGCCUUGAGGGUAUAAAAUGCCUGAUCAACUCAAGAAGGUGAAGACCAGAGAAAAAGUAGCAGAUACUAAAUCUCAAAGGAAUUAUUCUGAUCUUAAAAGGCUUCUGGCCUUUCUAAAUGUCCAGUCUAGCAAGCAAAAGUUGCCAGCCCUUAACUUUGAAAAUAUUAAUAAUAAUAUGACCAAGUCUGAACAAUAUUCUAGCAACCCUUGCAAAGAAAAAUAUAGAGGUCAAUGGGAAGAAUCUACUGAAGCUGUUGAACUGGAACACUUCAGUAUGAAUUACAAGAAUGAAAGAAAUUUUAGUCAACAUCCACAGCACGAGUUAUUUCAAGAUAUCUUCGUAGCUUUGGUUAAAAACCGGCUUAUUUGCAGGGAAUGGGCUAAUCGAGCUUCAUCUGUCCAUUUUCUAAGAAUUUUAAUUUGUAUAAGAUUAUUAAUGAGAGAUCCAUGCUAUCAGGAAGUUCUUCACAGUCUGGGUGGAAUUGACAGUUUAGCACAGUAUAUGGAAACAGUAACAAAUGAUUAUCUUGCCUACGGAGAGGAGCAACAUAACAUAGACAAAUUAGUCAACAUGAUAUAUAUUAUUCAAAAACUUUCAGUGGUUAAAGAUCAAAGAGAAUGGGUUAUAGCCAGUGGAGCACAUAAGACUUUGAUUAAUUUACUAGGAACUAGAGAAAAUAAUGUGCUAGUAGGUUCACUGCUUGCUCUCACAAGCUUGGCAGAAAGCCCUGAAUGUCGUGAGAAAAUAAGUGAGCUGAACGUUGUUGAAAAUUUAUUGAUGAUAUUGCAUGAAUACGAUUUGCUCUCUAAAAGAUUGACAGCAGAAUUACUCCGCCUUCUUUGUGUGGAAUCACAAGUCAAGGAACAAAUCAAGUUGUAUGAGGGAGUGCCUAUUCUGCUUAGCCUUCUCCAUUCUGAUCAUCUAAAACUACUCUGGAGUGUAGUUUGGAUUCUUGUACAGAUUUGCGAAGAUCCUGAUACCAGUGUUGAAAUUCGAAUUUGGGGUGGAAUCAAACAGCUCCUUCAUAUUUUGCAAGGAGAACGAAGUCUGUUUUUGGAUCGUUCUUCCAUUGGGAGUUUAUCUAGUGCAAACGUAGCUGGGAGAAUCCAGCAGCUUCAUUUAUCAGAAGAGUUAAGCCCUCAUGAAAUACAAGAAAGUACAUUUUCUCUUCAAGCAGCCUGUUGUGCUGCAGUUACUGAAUUGGUCCUUAAUGACACCAAUGCCCAUCAAGUAGUACAGGAGAAUGGGGUAUAUACAAUAGCAAAGCUGCUUUUACCUAAUAAGCAAAGGAAUAUAGCAAAGACUAAUUUAUUACAGUGUUAUGCAUUCAGAGCCCUGAGAUUUCUUUUCAGUAUGGAAAGGAAUCGACAUCUUUUUAAAAGGCUCUUUCCUACAGAUUUGUUUGAAAGCUUCAUAGAUGUUGGCCAUUAUAUUCGCGAGAUCAGUGCCUAUGAAGAGCUAGUACUGAAAUUAAAUGCGUUACUGGAGGAUGAAGUUAAGCAAAUUGCUGAAAAUAUUGAAAAUAUUAAUCAGAAUAAAGCACCAAUGAAAUACAUAAGCAAUUAUGCAAUUUUGGAUCAUCUUGGCAGUGGAGCAUUUGGAAGCGUUUAUAAGGUUAGAAAACAUAGCGGACAAAACUUUCUAGCAAUGAAAGAGAUUAAUUUACAUAAUCCAGCAUUUGGAAAAGAUAAAAAAGAUCGAGAGAGCAGUGUAAAGAACAUUGUCUCCGAAUUAACCAUAAUUAAAGAACAGCUUUAUCAUCCCAAUGUUGUACGAUACCACAGAACCUUUUUAGAAAAUGAUAGAUUGUAUAUUGUCAUGGAGCUCAUAGAAGGAGCACCCCUUGGAGAACAUUUUCAUUCUUUGAAGGAAAAACAACAACAAUUUACAGAAGAGAGAAUAUGGAAUAUAUUCAUUCAACUGUGUUUAGCUCUUCGUUAUUUGCACAAAGAGAAGAGGAUUGUCCACAGAGAUCUCACUCCAAACAAUAUCAUGCUGGGAGAUAAGGAUAAAGUAACAAUCACUGACUUUGGUCUUGCAAAGCAAAAACAGGAGAACAGCAAACUCACUUCAGUUGUUGGAACUAUUCUGUAUUCCUGCCCUGAAGUUGUAAAGAAUGAACCAUAUGGUGAGAAGGCUGAUGUCUGGGCUGCAGGAUGUGUUUUAUAUCAGAUGGCAACACUCAACCCUCCAUUUUAUAGUGCCAACAUGCUCUCCUUAGCAACUAAAAUAGUAGAAGCUGUUUAUGAGCCAGUACCAGGAGGUAUAUAUACUACAAAGGUAUCAGCUGUCAUAAAAAAAUGUUUGACCCCUGAUGCAGAGAUCCGUCCUGAUAUAGUAGAGGUCAGUUCAAUGAUUUCAGAUGUUAUGAUGAAGUAUUUAGAUGGAUUAUCAAAUUCCCAGCUUGUCUUGGAGAAGAAAUUGGAACGUGAAAGAAGGCGUACUCAGAGAUAUUUCAUGGAGGCCAAUAGGAAUGCAAUAAAAUGUCACCAUCAACUUGCUGUGUUAUCCCAGGACCGUUAUGAAAAGUCAAAUUUUAGCAGUAGCAGAGCAGCUAGUUUAAAAAGUGAAUUUUAUGAAAAUACUGAUAUUCUAUCUGAAAACCUCCACCAGUUUUCUGGAAAAGAUGAAGAGAAAGAUGAAACCCUGUCAGAUGAUAAUUGCAUUUUAGAAAAUACAGAAAAAGAUGUCUUCUCAGAAUUUGAUGAUGAAUUGGAUAUUGCAGAUCAUUCUAGCAGUUCUAGUUCAAGUCCCCUUAAAGAGUCAACAUUUGAAUAGAGCUGGAAGGGACCUUGGAGGUCAACCCCCCUGCUGAAGCAGGAGACCCUAUAUAAUUUCAGGCAUAAAACGCAGCUUAAGUGCUUAUGAAAG